AUGUCUUUUGAGUGGCUGGCGAUUGGGCUUGUUUUCAAACCAUGGAUUGAUAAAACCCGAGCUUCAAUGGACAACUUUGGGUUUGAUUUUUGGGUUCCAUUUUUCUCCCAAAUGGAUGAUCAAUUACUUGAUGCAAUAUGUGAACGUCUAGUCUCGUCCUUAAGCACAGAAGGCACUUAUAUUGUCCGUGAAGGAGAUCCAGUCGCAGAAAUGUUGUUUAUCAUCAGAGGUAGGCUCGAGAGUUCUACAACGAAUGGUGGUCGGACUGGUUUCUUCAAUUGCAUUACAUUGAGGCCUGGAGAUUUUUGUGGAGAGGAGCUACUCGCUUGGGCUUUGCUUCCGAAAUCAACGAUCAACUUGCCUUCUUCGACCAGAACAGUCAAGGCGCUUGUUGAAGUAGAAGCAUUCGCAUUGAGAGCUGAAGAUCUCAAGUUUGUUGCCAACCAAUUUAGACGCCUUCAUAGCAAGAAGCUCCAGCAUACAUUCCGGUUCUACUCUCACCAUUGGCGCACAUGGGCAGCCUGUUUCAUUCAGGCUGCAUGGAGACGACACAAGCGGAGAACAAUGGCAAAAGAUCUUGCAGCACUGGAAUCAUUUUCUCUGGAUGAGAGUACGGUCGAUGAAACAGAGCAAAAUGAGGAACAUGAUCAAGGUAACGCUAGCUCAAAUCCGUCCCCGAGAAUAUCACACCUCGGAGUCACAAUAUUGGCUUCAAGAUUUGCUGCUAACACAAGAAGAGGAGCUCAAAAGCUUAAAGAUGUAAGAUUGCCUAAGUUACAGAAACCUGAAGAGCCUGACUUUUCAGCUGAGCCUGAUGACUAGAUUACGACUAAUAGCUUCAUUGAGAUAUCGAUACGAUGACCAACUCUGAGAUUGAAGUUUUCUGCGAUACAUUCUUAUACUCCAGGAUCAUCGUUGUACAUGUGGAAAACGCGUUUCUAAAAGAAUGGUGUUGUAAGAGAGGGAGCUUUUGGCAAGGGAAUGUGGUUUUUCUUUACCUUUUUGGUUAAUGUAAUUGUAUUUAAGAUUAGUAUUUUCAGUAGCAGGAUGCUAAUAUGUACUUAUAUAAACUCAAUAACAUUUCAAGUCAUUUGUAAAAACUUAGAGUUGCUAGUUCCAUAGCACAAGUAAAUAAGUAUUUUCUCAAAAA